AUGGAGGAAGCUGGAAGUUCGUUUCCUCAGCGAACGGCGUCAGUGAAGAAGCGGGUUUCCGUUGCUUGUCAAACGGACGUGCCAUACGGUGCGGCGAGCCAUUCUUCACUGGCUCAGCCGAAUCGCACGGCAUCGAGUGGCUUAUUAGCUGUGAACCCUUCGAGCACACCAGCAACUAGUUCUCGGGCCACAACGACUUCACCCGCGACCGAAGAGCAAACGUUAAGGGUUACAAUUCAGCAUUUUUCGAAGAUGGUGGAUACGCUCUGCUCUCCAUGUAAACGAAUCAAUGGUGUUCCAUGGAGGAUAAUGGUGAUGCCUAAACAACAUAUGGUGCAGAAGAAAAACCAAAAAUGUAUGGGAUUUUUUCUGCAGUGUUGUCCAGAUAACACUUAUUCGGAUGCGUGGACGUGUCAAUCUGUAGCAGAAAUGCGAUUGAUCGCUCAGAAAAGUGGUGUACAAAAUUUCGUGCGGAAAACAACCCACGUUUAUAGUGCUAAAGAAAAUGACUGGGGCUAUUCCUGCUUUAUGACUUGGGCGGAUGUACUUGACGAGAGCCAAGGAUACAUUAAGGAUGACCGAGUCACGUUGGAAAUUACUGUGAAAGCGGAGGCCCCCAAAAAUAUGAUGUCGCGCGAAGAUUUUCGGCGAUCUAUCGAUCAGUGGUACAAUUUAGCAGAAAUGCAGUUAGCUAGAGGCCAAGUUGAUUUAUCGAUUGAAGCAAAUCAACAGGCAUUGAAAUUCUGCAAAGACAAGGAUAAGCAGUCGCAGGAAAAACUGGAAGCACAGAGAGAUCGCUUGGUGAACCACAAAUUAGUAGAGAGUAUUCACCGAAUUGAAAAAGUGAAAGAUGUACCGAAAGGACCUGGAGAUGCGCUUCGCCCAACGUCUUUACGACAAGCGCUCACAGGUGCACAGAAAUCGGCGACUACAUCUAAAGCAACUAAAGUUAUCAAAAAAGAAAGGCGUGGUAUUGUCCAGCAAGGAAAGAAGACCGGAAACACAUUGGCAUUGAAAAAUUCUGAGAGAAAAUCAGGAGAAGGAGAUGACGACAAUAGCAACUCUCUGAGUUCUGAAGAAUCUAAGCAGAAAUCCGAUAAAGUCGAAAAGACCGACGUCAAACAGAAUGUGGAAAAUCGCAAACAACGUAGCAGAAGUCUCAGUGAUAGUGACACCAUGAAAGUGUUCAGUAAAAAGGAAAUGCUCACAGAUCAAGCAGUAAAAGAGGCACACGAUGGUAAUACUACGUCACCUGGCUCAGACGAAAAUAAUCUUGUUUCUGGUGAAGUAAAAGUGUGUGGCUGUGGACUUCACCAUCAUCGUGAUGCUUGCCGCCAUUCAUCCAUUUCUUCCCUUGAACCAGAAGAUGAAGAGCUUGAUAAUGAGAACUAUGAGGAGAACGUCACGGAGCAUGCUGAAGUCGAGAUGUGUGAAAACGGUUGUCAGACGGAAGAUAGUGGCGACAUUGAGGCUCAACAAAUCGCCACCCUCACUCCAGCACCAGUUCCGGAAACAACUCCUUCUUUGGUGACUACUUCUCCACCGGUGCAGUCAUCAACAACGAGGGAACGAAGACAUGCGGGAUCGGGAAUAUCGAAAGACUCUUUAUUCCGUGAUAAUGUAGCGAAAAUGGCAGAGUCUACCGAGGAAGUUCUCCAGAAAAUCAUGCAGACUCGAGAACAGCAGCCGCAAGUGGAGAAAAUUUCGGAGGCUGAUCAACAGCGCCUUCUUCAGUUCUGCAUCAAGAAUUUCGGUAUUGACAACUUUGAUAUGAUUCCACCUGAACUUGCCGGUUCUGACGAGACGAUGCGCUGUUUCACUGCCACUCAACGCCAUCAUGCAGAAACGACUAGAAAUCAUCAGCGAUUGCAUUCGAAUCGUAUCUACAAGGCUGCGGAAAGUUUUGUGAAAGUCGUAGAACAAAUGUUCGAGUCAGAAAUCCUCACAGCUACAUUUGCCAAAAUGAGCUUCAUGAGCAACGUUUCGAGUGAAGAAGUUCCCAAAAGAAUUUCAAAGGCCGCAGCCGUUGCUAAUGGUGGGAAAUCUGCUCGUAAAACAGUAGCAGCACAAAGAAGACUACCCCAGUCACAGACGAAUCAGCAGCAGCAACAACAACAACAGCAACGUCCUGCUUCACCGCCUUCUGAGCCGCCGUCCGAAUUCGCGGUAUCUCUUUCGGAAGCCGACGAUGAGGAAAGUAUUGAUGACUUCGAAGAGCUGCAUAGCGCAUCACUCUCGGGAGAAGACGUCGAACAACAGAUGCGCGAAUUGCUGAAUGAAAUCAGUCAUUGCCGCGUCCACGACCUGAUUCUGGAUAAGAUCGAAUCCAUGGAAAAGGAGCCUAACAAUAGCUCAAUAGGUUUACGUGCCUUGCUAGUACAGCUCUUCAACUAUUCACAAACACUAUCUGUGACUGGAGAUCGCAUGGAGACGAUGGUGGCUCAAGCUAGAGAAGUACAACAGAUUAUCCAAGGCCCUGACGCAUUGCGUGCUGCUGAGCAGAUGAAGCGAAACGAGGAGAAACUGGCUGAGACUGAAGCUGCAUGCAAGCAAGCAAAAUCUGACCUUGUCAAGGAAGUGGAACAUAGAAAGAAGGCUGAGCAACUUCGUAUGGCUGAGUCGUCGAAACUGAAAGAAGAAACGGCAAAAACAGAACAAUUGACCGCUCAACUAAAAGAAGCACGUAGCAACCUCAAGAAAAUGGAGAAGAAAUCGAAACAAGACGAAACUCGUAUAGGAACACUUGAAGCUGAGAAGCUCGAACUGGAAGAUAGGGUCAAAGCUCUCAAAAAAGAGCUAGACCAAGUCAAAAAGAAGGCCGCGGAAGAUCGUUCCAAAGCGAAGAAAGAGAAGGAACGCGAUGCAGAGCAAGUACGCAGAUUGGAAAGCGAGACGCUGGAACGUGAAGCAGAACGAGACCGAGAACGCCAGCAGCACGACGAAUACAGAAGAGAGAUGAAGAAUCGUGAACAAAAAUGGGAAAAGGAGAGAAAACAGCAUCUUUCUCAAAUCGCUUCUCUCAUCGAUCGUGCACGUUCCGCUGAGGUUGCCCAAGUGGGCAUGAUGCUGACCGCUGGAGUGAGUGUUUUGGAAAAGACUCGAGAUGAAGCAGCACUCAGUCUUGCGGAAGCCGAAGAUAACUUAAAACGUGCUCGAACUCAUUCCGAUAUGGAGACGAUGAGACGAAGUGUUGCCGAAUGGAAGUGUGUGCACGAAGACUGUGUGUCGGCAAUUUCCCAAGCGCGCAACGAGUUUGAAGCUGCCUGCGAUGCUAUCCGUAAAGGACAAAGAACACUUGCUCAGUUCACAGAACUAAAGGUCCCUACGGCACCUACCCUUCCAAAGGUAGUCCGUCUGCCUCCAGUUCAAGUUGUACAACCAUCUACGCCUGCCUGCCCUACAACAGCAACAUCCGUAUCGUCUGUGAUUCAACCGCCUCCCGCUGGAGUCAUUGGCCAACCAAGAACUCCACAGAAUAACCGCUACAACUCUCAUGUUUCACCUCGAGACAACACUUCUGCUAGUUCGACGAAUUCGCAUGUUCCACAGUCGCCGUCGUCUAGUUCAAGAUCUGUGUCGGGAGGACUUUCGAGCGCACCCCCUCCAACGGCUCAACUAUUCGAGCGUUCUCCUAUGAAACAGCCCCUACCGAUAGGUGUUCGGCCGGGGCCAGUGCCUACACCAGCAUCACUUCCUUUGGAUGACUCUGCAGUUGCAUCCGCUGCUCCUGCGGCGUCACCAUGGUCGUGGUCAACACCUUUAGGUAAUCUUGCCGACAUUCGUCCAUUGAGACCGUCGUCGGAACAGGCUCAUCCUUUGCUUCAACAGUCUUCUCAUCACGAACUGUGGCGAAAUGGAACUCCGUCGGACUCCUCUCAGGUGCGUGCACCUCCUGGAUAUAACUUAGGUUGGGGUGGAGUGAACGGAAGUUCGAUGGCGUCGCCGUCGCAGGGCCUCAACCAAAACAGCUCAUUCCAUGGUUGGAGAGGUGCAACUGGUAACGCGGCUGUUCCGCCCGGUCAACCGCAAUACAAGUAUUCACCUGCUGAUAAGUAUCCGAUGCAGUACUUCGAUAGCUGA